AUGUUUGCAAGUAUUCCCACGCACGUGCUCCGUCAUGUUCACCACGUACUAGAGACAGGAGAUAUAGAUGGAAUCAUCGAGGGACUGGACGGCGGCGUGGGACUUGACGGCGGCGUGGGACUUGACGGCGACGUGGGACUUGACGGCGGCGUGGGACUUGACGGCGGCGUGGGACUUGACGGCGGCGUGGGACUGGACGGCGGCGCGAUUUAG